AUGGAUCUCGACGAGUUUUCCGACGAUGGGUUCGACGACCUGACCGAUAAUGUGCUCCAAGAGCUCGAGAACAACGCCAUUCAGUCCACCCAGGCCCAGCAUGCAUUCACGCAGCAAGCAGACCAGCUCGACUAUGCUUGGGGGCAGGAGGACGACGAUUUGGACACCACCGAGGUGAUAAACGAUGCCGGAGUCCCUGUGGGCAGGCCAAUUGUCGACAAGACGUUACGACAACAACAGCCCACACGGUCUUCCAUUCCUCCUGUGCCCAAUCCCCGAUGGAAUCCGGCGAUUGACGCCGCGGCCGCCAGGCCAGGAGCUCCUUUGGCGGAGCGGCCUCGAAUGACGAGCGUUCGGCCAAUGAAUCAGCCGUUUAUGGGAUCCCAGCGAUUCGAUUCUUCACAAAGUGUAGCGCGCCCUCAGACUGCGCAGCUUGCGGCGAUGCCGAUGCCAUCCCAAGCGCAGUCUGGACCCAUGGUGACGGCGCUGCAAAAGCGAAUCCGUAUUUUGGAAGCAGAGCUCAAUGCAGCCCGCGGUGAAACAUCGAUACUUCGCUCAAACUCCACAAAGGCGCAACAAAAUUAUGAUGAGCAGAUUGCCCGCCUCCGAAAGCUCAACGCCGAACAAAUACACAAACAAGAAAAGGCAAUGGAAGCGGCUAUAGCGGCGGAGAAACAUGCCAACACGGAGCUCCAAUUCAUGCAGCGCGAUAUGAAAGAGGUUAAUGACCGAGCCCGCAGAAAGGAGCCUGCCGCCAUCAGCAUGACAACGCCGAAGAAGGCCAGCAAAACAUGGGGCUUUGCGGAUGGCUUUGACGAGAUGGACAUUGCUGCGAGUCCAAGCAAAGGCCAAGGCAGAAGCAAGACUGCCGGCUCCGUUGCUACCAACAUCGGAGAGAGAACGCCGAGUAAAGGGAAGCGAAAGCGUCCUGUAUCAGAGUCCCCGAUGAAGCCUCUUGAUAUACACACGGGCGAUGCAGAAAUGAGCGAGGGCAUAAAGCCGGUGUCUCAGCUGGCUUUGCAGCAGCAAAUCGUGGUGGCAGCCCCCACAGCCCCAUUUGAUUUUUUGCAAAUCGUCCUCGAUCACGGCUUUGCUCAAGGGCAGCCCCCAACUUUCGACAUUCUCUCACGCAUCUCCUUCCCUUCUGACCCAAAUACAUCCUUCUCAACCCUCAUCUUCGAAAGACUUCCUCUGAUGGGCAACCCCUAUCAACCAAUGCAGCUGCUCGUCGAUUUUACGGAGCAACUCAUCAUUUUAUGGACUAGAUGCUUUGAAGAACAAUUUUGGGAACCUAUUAAAUACCUUGUAUCGCUCAUCGCUUUCACCUUUCAGCUCCAUACCUCGUCUGUUGCUCCCCUCAUCAUCUCCAGACUUGUGCCUGUGGCACAGACGAUAAUAUUUACUGUUGCGGAAGGGCCCUCGCGCCUUUCCGACGGCACGGUCGCCAACAACGAUGACCAUGCCGUCUUGGAACAGCAAAUCGAUACGAGUCACAUUCUGUCAUUGCUAUACACUGCGUCCUUGGCAUGUGCAACGACCCCAACCGAGACUGAAGAGGGGAUCAAAUACACUUCUGCUGCGUUUUGGAAACUCAUCUCUCUCGAUUUCACUCUUCUGCUUUUGAUGCCCAAGCAGAAAACUACCGAUAUUAUUGGAAUGCUUGAUCUGCUAGCGACAUCCUCGCUUCCUGACUCUAUCGGCCCUAUAUCUGACGAAAAAGAUAUGCCAUCAGUGGCGCGAGCUGUUAUUGAGCGAGUGUCUGCCAAGCUGAUGGAGCACCCUCGUGCUACAACUACCCCCGCUCAGAAACGAAGCGUACGACUGGCUGCUCUUCGAACGCUUAUUACCUUUUCAAGAUAUGAAUUCGGAGCCCAGCAGUUGGCAUCUCACGAUAACGCCAUCCCACGCUUAGUGGCUUGCUUGAGCACAUCCAUCGACGAGCUUUACGAUCAGCCUAUCCCUCCCAGCAUUCUCCCUCCUCUUCCCGAUGUCAUGACGUCUUCAUCGCUGAAGUUUUCCGAGUCUACAACUUCUGCUGAACUAUAUCGCAUCAUCUCCCAAUGCGUGACCCUUAUCCACACUCUAGCUACAGACCCAUGCACAGCCAAUUUGACCGAAAUCACUCGAAAACUUUCACUUUCUCAUGGAGGCAGCCAGCGCUAUCUUAUUGCUCUGGGAAGACUGACCUUUGCUGAAGAAGACCUAGUUAUGGAGGCGGGAAUUGACGGCGAAGUCGUUGAGGCGGCCCAUGAGCUGUUGGAAAUGGCCGUGACGCCGGAUGAGGGAGAGAUCGUAAGCGAGGCUUUUGGAGCAUGA